AUGAAUUCAGACAUUGCUAACAACGAGAAUGUCGACCUUUGGUCAAUAGGAAAAUGUAUAUUUUGUGAAGGAAAAAUAGAGGAAGAUUCAAAAAUCCUAAGAUGUCUUCAUAUUAUUUGUAAAGACUGCACUAAGAGAGAAAGUACUGAUUCAGGUAUAUGGUGUAAAUGUAAAAUAGUGACUAAGGGUGAACUCAUUAAUUACUCGAUUAUGGCAACCAAUCAAUCACCGGUAAAGAUAUGUUGUGAAGAAAAUUGUCAAGUCAUAGCAAAGAAAAUCUGCAUGUAUUGCAAAAGUUUGUAUUGCAAACCAUGUUCAAAGACCCAUUCAAUUAAGAAUGAAGAUCAUAACCCUGCCUUGAUGAUCACUUAUCCAUUAAAAAAAGAAUUUGUUCCUUGUCCAAAAUGUAUGAAAAAAUCUGUAGAAGUAUUUUGUACAAAAUGUUCGAUUUUGCUUUGUCCUCUUUGUCAUUUAAACUUUCAUCAGAAACAUGAUUUUAAUCUUCUUUCCACAAUGGCCGUUGAAACCAAGGCAGAAUUGCAAACGUUACUAACUGAUAUAAGGAAAGAAAACAAUCAUUUAAGCUUUAUAAGGGAAAUGUCAAAUGAAAAUAUCAUGAAAUUGAAAUCCAAUAAGAAAAAAAUUAAUGACAAAAUUGAUGAAAGAAUCAAAAUGAUACACGAAGAAGCUGAUAAACGCGGACUUGUACUAAAAAAAUUACUUGAAACAAAUUUCACAAAUGCUGUUAAUAUUAUUAAUAAGAAUAUUAAUGUUAUUAAGGAUUUUGAAAAAGAAAAUGAUUAUUAUUAUAGUUUAACAAGCUCUGUUAUCAAUUUGGAUAAAAUUGUUGAAUACAUUAAUCUUUCAAAAAUUAUCAAGAAUAAAAUGGUCAUUGCUAAGAGACAUACCCAAGAUAUACCUAAAGAAGCAACAACUUGUAAAGCUGAAUUGAUAUACAAUGAUGAACAAUCUAUGAACAAAAUUGUAGAAUCAAUUCAAGGAAUGGGAGAUAUUAUUUCAUCAAAAAUUGUUAGUUUAUCAGAAUUUAAAAUCACAGUUGACCCAAAUAAAGUUCUCCAAACUAUUGAAAAUGAUGAAUCUCCAAUUUUAAUGCCCGAACCGGCGAUGAUACAACCUGGCUUGAUUAAGCUAGAAAAAGUUAAUAAUAAAAUGUUGAUAGAUGAAGAUUCUGACAGUUCAGACUUUGAACCACUUGUAUAUUGUUCUUGUUGUAAUCAAUAUACUGAAGAAUUAAUAAACUGCACAUGCUGUGAUAGGUCUUAUCAUAAUCAUUGUCAUAUUCCUUCACUACCUAAGGAGCUUAAACCUAAAGAUCCAUCAUUACAAUUUUGGAAGUGUACACUUUGCCAGGACAUUUUAAAAUAUACCAGUAACUUAUGUAAAAAGAAUAUGACAUGUCAUAUUGAUUCUUCUGGUCGAAAAAUCAUUGAACGUAUAUUACUAGAGUUGUAUUGUCAAAAUGAGGACAGUGAACACUAUCGAGAAUGUUUGAAUAGAGAAAUAAUUAAAUGUAUGUUACAGUAUCCAGCAUAUUACGAACGAAUUUCUAAUCCUAUAUCAUUGAAUAAUAUCAAGGAUCGUUUAGAAUUUGAUGUAUCGUAUACAUCAGUUGUUGAUAUUCUUAAAGAUAUGAAAAGAGUGUUGAAAAAUGGAAAGACAUAUUAUUCUUCACCUAGUCAUCCAUUCUAUAAGUCUGCAAAUGAACUUCAGAUUUCUUUGGAUAGAAUGAUAACUUUAUGGAUACCAACACUCAACCCAGCACAUCUAGAAUAA